CGCCUUUAAGUGAUCGAUAUAAAUACUUUGAUAUUGGACACGACAAGUAUCAGUUGAUAUUCCAGUAGAAAUAUAUGAAGUACAUUGAUAAUUUCAGUUUUUACUAAAUGAAUAUUUUCAAGAUGACAACUAAGGUUAUUAUUUUCUUCGCAAUUUGUAUUGCUUUUACUUUGGCCCAAUAUGCUUAUAAACCAGUAGUACCAUUGGCCGUUUAUUCUGCUAAACACUAUGAAGAACCAAUAUAUCCACCGAUUCCUUACAAUUUUCAAUACAGUGUUAACGAUCCUAGUACCUAUGAUGUGAAAAGCCAGUCAGAAUACAGCGACGGAAAAACUGUCAAAGGUUUCUACAGUUUAGUCGAGUCUGAUGGCACUAAGAGGGUAGUUGAAUACACAGCUGACGACUACGGUUUCAACGCUCAAGUUAAAAAGGAAGGCGCUUCCUAUGUUUAAGCUUCAUAUUAGAUUUGAACAAAUAUUAUCUGGUAUUUAAUUUAAAAAGACUGUAUUAUUCUAUUCCAAUCUCUAAUUCAAUAAAAAUAAUUUUUAUUUAA